AUGCAUUUCAUUUCGCUGAUUACCCUCUCUCUCGUUGCCCUUGCGAACGGCGCAGCAUUGAAAGAAGAGGCAACUCCCGGCAACGGCAACAACCUAGUUCCUGCUCAAGCCUGUAACGUCGGUUACAACUAUUGUGGAUGGUAUCUUGCUGAUGGCCUUGGUGCGUAUUUCACCCCUUCCGUGGCUGUUCUUGCUUUGCCCUAA